AUGGGAAAUAAAUAAUAAUAAGCCAAAAAGAGAACUAGCAAUUUAAGUUUGAAUAGUAUGGGUAGAUCAGUUUCAACAGCCCCUACAAAUGAAUCAGGUUUAAUUAGAUCCACUAUAGAUGGUAGUCUAAGUUCUUCCAUGUUUGGAGGAGUUGAGUUUUAUUUUAAUCAUAUGCCAAACUCUGUUAUCGAUGGAAUAUGUAAAUUCCUAACAAUUAAGGAUCUAACUAAUUUAUAUUGUACAAGCAGAUUUGUUUAUGAGAGAUUUUAUACAUCUCUCCCAUACUCUAUUGCAUGUGGAAAUCUAUUGUAUAAAUUAUACGAAGAUCGGAAAGGGAUUGCAUUUAAUGCAGUUUAAACUAAACAUGCACAUUGGCCAUAAGUCUUAGAGGUUUUUAUGAAAAAUAAGUAUUAUAAUCUUAUUUAUCUAAUUGAUAGAAAAUAAAUGUUAAAUCUGCAAAACAAUCUUCGCCAAUCUUUAUAGAAUGCUUACCAAUUACAUAUUAUUUAUCCUCCAUUAUUAAUGGAUGAAGUAACCAAAGAAGGCUUGAAUUCAGACCUUUAAAGAUAAAUUAUGCAAAAAUUAUCUGAUUCUCAAGAAUGCCAUACCAUUACUUAAAUCCAAAUCAUGAAUCAAACUAGAACUUAUUUUAAAAAUUCAUCAUCUUCUAAAUAAUCUCUGAUUAAUAUAAUGCUUGAAAUUAGAGCUAACAGAGAAUUAUUAGUAGAUUAAAAGUAACAUUUUAUAAUAAUUAUUUUUAGAUUACCUUAAUUAUUUAAUAUUUUAAUAAUUAUAUGUUCAUAUAUUAAAUCUCUGUUACAAAUUGUAGCAUUGACUCUUGAAUGUGCUUUCAAUGGAACUGAUUAUAUCGGUGAACUAGAUUUUUACCUUUAUAAUUAUUAAAUGUAUCUUAUUUGGAUGUAAUAAAUGGAUGAAUUCGUUACGCCUUAUCUUAAAAUUUUUGAUAUCAUUUUACAUGAACAAAUACCUUCAUAUACAUUUCCCCCAUUUACACUACAAUGGAUUAUGAUGAAAAUGUGGAAUUAAUGUAUUUAUCAAAAAUGCAAACAUUUCUUAAGAUCCAUUUUUCUUUAAUGGCUUUAAUAGGUUAGACUUAAUCCAUCUCUUAAAUAUGAGUAAUAUUUGUUAAAAGACUACAUCUAAUCUUUGAUCGAUCUUUCAACCAAUCAAUCCAAUAUUAGAAUAGCUGGGCAUUCUUAAUUUACCUAUAUUAAAGAUUUAGAGAACCUUUUUUAAGUUGUAAUAAAUUAGUCAGUUGAUCUAUAGAAUUCAAAAAAUUUUAAGUUUAAAUCAGAUAUUAAUGUUCUAGGUUAUAUUUUCUAAAAAUACAUUUUAGAAAAUAAUUUAUUGCAUAAUCUUAUAGAAUAAAAAUAUGACACUUUUAAAGCCUCAAUUGAAAAAAUUAAAUAAAGUUCAGAAUUCUAAAAAAUAAUAUCAAAAUAUGAUGAUGAUAAUUAGAUUCUAUCAGAGUAGACAGAUUAUUCAUUUUAACUAUUAAAUAUUAAUAAAGUAUUUUAAAAGGUGAAAUAAAUUAUAAAUAGUUAAGAUAUUUUAUAACAAAAUAUAAGAUUAACUAUAAAUUAUUAAAAAAAUACGCUUGAUAAAUUAUAAAUGUAUUUAAGAGAUUAUCAUUCAGAUUUAUAUGAUGAAAUUUCUUAUCUAGCAAAUAUUGAUGUAUCUUCAAACGAAAGUGUUUAAAUUCGUGAUGCUGUAAUAAUUCAUCGAACAAAACCAGAAAAUUAUGACAAUCUAUUAGUUUCAUAUGAUGCUGUAAUUGAUGGAGAGAUCUUAAAAUAAUUGAUAAAUUAGAGAUCAUCAAAUGAGUGUAAAUUAUCAAAAUAAAAAAUUGAAUUUAAAUAAUUGUAGCCAAAAUUGAAGGAGCAAAAUGAAACAUUUUUUUCGAUUAACAUUGUAAAUGGAUUAAAUCUUGCUUAAAGUUUAACAGAACAAUUUAUAAGCUAAUAAUGA